UUACCAACUCGUUUAUAUUAUGCAUGCCCAAUAUAAUAUAUAACACGUAAUAUUUUAAUCGAACAGAGAACUAUCUUAUAAACCGAUAAGAAACGGAAUGGAACUCAGCCGCGCUCGCAUAUGAAUGUGUAUACAUAAAUAUGUGUGUAUAUGCAUACUGAAAAUUAAUGAAUUAUUAAACAAACAAUUUGAAACAUUAAUUCCCCAAAAAUAGUUUAUAAAUAAAUAGGAUAUCGCCAGGAAAAUUAUAAUGCAAAAUAUCUCGAUAAAUUAAUAACUCUGAUUGCAAGUAGCAUCGUAGCAUUAGGAAUCGAUGUUGCGAAGACCUUGCCGAGAGUUACGUCUCGGAAGAUGACAUACGAUAUAUGCUGACACACUAACAUAUAUAUACAUAUGUACACGGAGAUGUUCCAAUCUCCGAUCGUCUGUAAAUUAAAUUUAAGACUUUUGCUUCAUGCAAAAGAAUAUCGUUCUAUGGCUAAGAAAAUAAUUACAUAUUUUAUUUUAAUUCGUUCCAGUAAUAACUUCCUUUAGACAAGAAUAUUUUUACUUUUAUUUUUAUUUUUUUUUAAUUAUUUUUUUAUGUAUAAUAAUUUAACAUAUACUUGGACGAACAUUAGAAAUUUCAGUUUUCUAAAACCAAAUGUAUUAUUUCGAAAAUUAUUAUAAAACCUUGUUGGGGAGAAAUCGAUCCCAGAUAAUAAGCAAAUCAAACAUUGGCUGAAAUAAAUAUUCUUGUUUGAAAUAUUACUAUUAUUUCGAUUAGAUUAAGAAUAUGUAAGCGCAAAACUUGUAGCGAGACUUAGAAUUGCGAAUAAACAAAUAAUCGAUCACUAUAAAAUAAUAAUCACUAAUAUAUAGACUUUAUAGGCAAGAAAUAUUUACGAUGAUAAAUUAAGCUAAUCGACGAACAGUAAUUUAAAAUCAAAAUAAUUUUGUAAACCAAGUUAAUCAAUCGACCACCGCACAUAUUCGCUCGUGCUCUAAUACGAUCGAUCAUUUUAUUUCAUUUUAUUUUUAUUUUUAUUUUAUCUUUAUCAAUAACUAGCAAACAAUAAUCAUUAUUGUAAAAUUUCUAAAUAAUUAUAUGCCAUUGCGCCCUUCCACCAAUAACUAUAAUUCACUAAAGAAAACGGAGUAAAUUGGUUAACUCAAUUGAUUAACUUGCGGUCGAUCUAUCGCCAGUAGCGUAUCUACUACAUGUAUGUUUAUUCACACCGAUAAUCACGCUCACCGAUGUACUCUUACGGUGCGUAAGACGAUAACUCGUUGGAGCUACCCGAGCAUAUCGGGCGUCAAUUAUUAACCAAAUCGGAACCGUGCCUAUACAAAAUCUAAAAUAUAAUUUGCAUAAGUUAGAUAACCCAAAAUUAAUCGAUAAAUUAAUAACUAACAAUUAAUUAAUUAUCAACUUAGAUUAUGCGUCCUUUCAUCAAUUAAAUUACACCAUAUAAAUUUUCGAUCGACUUCGAACGCGAAUCCUGUUCGAUCGCGAUCAGGGACAACCUAUUUUUACACCAUGCGACGAGAUCAGUUGUCACGUACACUUCAAAGAAACGCUGCCGAUGCAUCCGACUAAGAUAGAUAUAGAGGGGUAAGGGAGGUUCGAUCUAUGUGCAUCUUAGGGUAUAUAAACGCCGCAAUUAAUAUCAACGCGCUUUUAUGCCGUUUGACUUGAGUGCAUGCAUAACUGAUCAGCCGGACAGCCAGACAUCUUCGAUUCAGAGCGAAUCUCCUAGAAAGAGCAAUCCCAAUUUUGAACAACCCCUAUUUUUCCAUUGCUAUCUUGGUAAGUCUGAUAACACUAAAUUUUGUACUACACGCCUUUUUUCCCUUUUGUUUGUGUAACUUUAUAGUAACAUGUAAUCGAAGUAUAAUUACCAAUGAAAUAAAUAAAUCUUGAAAUUAUAAUUAACAAUAAUAAUGAGUUAAAAGCUAUUAUUGAAUAAUAUCUUCAAAAAACGUAUCAAGACCUUAAAAACAAUGUACUAUUUAAAUAUAGUCGGACAAAAGUUUACUUCAAAAUAACCGCGUAAAUUUUGAACCUGUAAGAAUUGUAAUUAUUGUUAUACCCACCUAGUCAGCUAUAUCCGGAAUUUUCAAACCUUAUGACAUCGUGCGGGACGAGAUUAUUAUGCCACUUGUUGUGGAUAAUGUUUCAAUAUUUAGGAACGCCAUUAUCUCGACCCCCGUAAACAAAAAUUGAUAAUGUCCCUUUAGAUUUCCGACGGUUCCGAUACGUUUUAAACAACGCCGAAGCCCAGGCUACUCGUAAAUAAAUCUGUCUUGAUAAUCGCAUUCUGUUUAUGCUUACGUAGCUGUAAACAAAUCUCAAGCAUGAUUAUAUGGCGAGACUCUAUCCCUUAGAACAAAGGACCAGAGAUUACAGUCGCAGUCAGUCUGUCACUCAGAAAGUACGUGUGAAAACGAAGUCAACGCAAAUUAUUCAACGAGUGAGUUAAGUGAACGAUUAAGUAUUUUCGCAACAUGGAAAACUUCGAGCAAGUAGAACGCGAACUCUUGGAACAGGCAAACAGAGUCGCUACUUUGAACGAGUAUUUUGAAUGGUUGCAGCAAUGUGACGAGUACAUCGAACAGCUCGAGGAACGCAAUUGUGCGAAGCGUUCUCGGCUCACCGGGGAAAUAAGACAAUCUUUGGUGGCGAGAAUCGCGCGACUCGCGGGUGAAAAGACGCGAUUGCAAAGACGUUUCGUGCACGUCGGCGGUAAUUGCGCUGGCUCUAGCAAUAGUGACGACAAUGAUAACGCGGGACUUGAGUGGCGCGAGAUAGAUACCGCGUUCGAGAGCCGUGUCUUGACCGGUGCGGUGAUCAACGUGCGCCACAUUGAACCUCGUCAAUUUCUCAAAGACGCCAAAAACAUUGUGUUCGAGCGAGUGCGGAACUUUAUACGGGAACAUAACAGUGUGAAAGUGAAUACCGCGUUUAAUGGGGAAUUUGUAGCGGGUGAAAAACGUGCCAACAAGAGUGUGAAUACAAAAUAUUACGGACUUUUUCAAACAUCGGACUUGAACGAAUGGUACGAGAGGCACGUUAUCGAGCCCACGUUGGUGUCGCUCGAAGAAUUCCAGGAACGUGAUAGCGGGUGGGCAUUGUCGACAAUUUUAAGUCUAACUAUUAACAUGGACAAAUACAAUCCUUUGCACGCGGGAUGCAACAUCCAGCUACCGCGGGAUAUUAUGUUGAAAAGAGCGGUGAUCAACGUGAAAUCGACAGACAAUGCGUGCUUCGCAUGGUCGGUGGUCGCCGCUCUGCACCCCGCAAAAAAAUGCGCGCAACGGGAGUCGUCGUAUCCGCAUUAUGCAGCGGUUUUGAAUCUCGGCGAUAUUGAGUUUCCGAUGACUUUGAAAAACAUUGGAAAAUUCGAGCGACUGAACGAUAUUUCGAUUAACGUCUACGGCAUCGAAGAAAAGAAGAUUCUUCCACUGCGACUCACCGAAGAAAAGAAAAAUAAGCACAUAAAUCUGCUGUACGUGCAAGACAAUGAAGGCAACAUAGCGCACUUUGCAUGGAUCAAAAAUUUGUCCCGGCUCGUAGGCUCGCAAGUAAACAAGCAUGAGAGCAAAAAAUACAUCUGCGAUCG